AUGAGCAGUUCAGUGCCAAACACCCCGCUCAUCGUCUCGCCACAGCCCCAUGACGAUGCCACAAGCGACCACAAUAGGUCUCCAUCACUGCCACCACCUCCUCCACCUCCUCCGUCGUCUAUCUCUUCUCUUCUCAAUGUCACGUCAAAAUCAACGGAUGACCCGAAUCAAGAUCCUGUCAGCAGUAACUCACCUUCACCUACCACCACCACCAACACCAACACCAACACUAACACCAACACUAACACUCACUGUGGCGCAACAGACCAACAACAACAACAACAACGUAAACGACCCUUUUCAGCUCUCGAGAAUAAUGACGACUUGACCAUUACUACUAAUACCAAUGACUCGACAUCAAGUAAAGAACAUGGGAUGGAUACUUCUUCAACUCAGGGAGAUACUUCCAAUCAACAGCAGUCUUCUUCAUCAUCUUCAUCAUCUUCAUCAUGGCCUGGGAACCAUCAUCAACAACAACAACAACAACAAUCACAUCAUUUACCUACUCCAGUAAGCCCUGCGGCACCUAUGCCUCAUCAAAACAAGAUUGCAAAGAUGGAUACCGAUGAACGACAACCAUCUAUGAGCACGAGUGAAUCUGGAUCAGUAAUCAAGGAAGAGUAUCAUAUGGUGCAACGUACAAAGGCUGAUACGCCUGGUGGCAUGUAUACAUCCUUCUCCCUCAAGCAAACAAAUGCCUCGAAUCAUGGUACUGGUGCUUCCACGGCAUCUUCUUCGUCAUCUUCUAACAAGGCUCGGGGAUCUCGUGAUAAUGGUUCAGUAUCCAAACCGUACACGUGUAGCGAAUGUGAUCAGACAUUUAGUCGAGCUCAUAAUCUGAAAUCCCAUACUGCGACGCAUUCGAUGGAGAGACCUUACAAGUGUGAUUCAUGUCAAGCAAAGUUUCGACGGCUGCAUGAUUUGAAAAGGCAUCAAAAGUUACACACAGGAGAGCGACCUUAUGUAUGCAAUGUGUGUCAUCGCUCAUUUUCUCGUUUGGAUGCAUUGAAUCGACACCAAAGGACUGAAGGUGGAUCAGCGUGUCAUUAUCGACAAAAUCGUCGGCGUGUUGAACAAAGACACGAGACUACGGACUCAACAAGUACUACACCAACUACUUCUAAGCCGCAUCAAAGCCCAUCUUCGUUACAACCACCACCGCCACAGCAACCAUCACCAGGAAAAAGUGCAACCUACCCACCCGCAUCAUCUUCGUCAUCACAACCACCACGCCAUACAGCCCAAUCAAGACCCAAUAUCCCACAAUUAGAUUUACGCCACCGAUUUAGUUCACCUUAUCAUCCAGAUGACCAUCAUUCACCACAACAACAACAACCAGUUGUAUUCCGCUCUUCUCCUGUCAGUGCUUCUCCAUCAGCUACUGGAAGUCCACAUGAAACUCAUCGCCGUAUUGUUCUUCCUCCUCCUACUUCAGCUACUUCAACGCCCACCAAUUCUACACCUACAACAACAACUACUACUACUGCCACGCCUACCAAUACCACCGCCGCCACCGCUCAUCCUCAUCAUCAUCCUCAUCAUCAUCAUCCUACUGCAACAACGCCUACUGCAACAACUCCCAAUUCUACAACUACUACUACUACACCCACUACAUCACUCUCUCGUUCAUCCAUUGCUCACCUAGCAACUCCUUAUCCACCCUCCUUUCAACCACAUGAAUCUUAUAGCAGGCGGAGUAGUGGUGCUUCUGAUUACGACCCAGCGUCUCCUGCUGCAUUUGCAAGUCCAGAGAGUUUUUCGGCAUUACGAAAUGCUUAUGCUCAGUUAUCUGAUCAAUAUCGUGCCAUGCAGCAUUCCUGGAAUACUAAAUACGAUGCCAAGGUCGAUGAGGUCGAGUCACUAAGACGUCAAUUACAUGAUCUUCAAGUCGAGAUCCGAGUAUUACGGUCAUUAGUCGUUGAACGGCAACAAUAG